AUAGUUUGUAUCAACGGUAUCAACCCAACCCACUAUACAUCUCUUAUCUAUGGUUUGUAUUCUAUGUUUAUCUAUAACUCUAUAGUUCUUGUUGUUUUGACGGAAAGAUGACGAAGGGUACAUCAAGUUUUGGUAAACGUCGCAAUAAGACACAUACCUUGUGUCGUAGAUGUGGUCGGUCUUCAUAUCACAUUCAAAAAUCUAAAUGUGCACAGUGUGGAUACCCUUCUGCCAAACUGCGAUCAUACAAUUGGUCUGUUAAGGCCAAAAGGAGGAAGACCACCGGAACUGGACGAUGCCGACACUUAAAAGUAGUUCGACGACGUUUCCGAAACGGAUUUAGGGAAGGUAGCAAACCUGCCCCUAGAAAGACAGUUUAAUUAUACGUGUAGUUUUGUUAUUACAUUCAAUAAACUAUAAGACAAAGAUAAAACUGAAUUUGUAAUGUUUAUGGCUGGAACAAUACAAUUAAAGAUGGAAAGAAA